UCGGUGGUUGUUGAACAGUCAAGUUGAGUGUUUUUAGAAAAAAAAAGAAAAAUUUUGAAGAUGACUGAAAAGUGGGUGGGAAAUCCGGAAAUUGAGAUCUUCCGGGAAUACCUCCGCAUAGCCAGUGUUCAUCCUGAUCCCAACUACGAGCCCUGCGUGGAAUUUCUGCGAAGGCAGGCGGAUGAAAUUGGUUUGGAAUUCAGGAUCUUUUAUCCGGUUAAUGAGAAGAAUCCCGUCGUGGUGCUCACACUGCAGGGCCAGGAUGCCGCAUUGGAGUCAAUUCUCCUGAACAGUCAUAUGGACGUGGUGCCAGUGUAUGAGGCUGAGUGGACGCAUCCCCCAUUUGGGGCUGAAAUUGAUGCAGAAGGGAGGAUUUUUGCACGUGGUACGCAAGAUAUGAAGAGUGUUGGGAUGCAGUACUUGGGCGCCAUUCGGGCACUCAAGCGCUCCGGGCAGAUCUUCCGGAGAACCAUCCAUGUGUGCUUUGUGCCCGAUGAAGAGGUCGGAGGGCAUCUGGGGAUGAGGGAAUUCGUCAAAACAGACGCCUUCAGGCAGCUCAAUGUUGCCUUUUCCCUCGAUGAGGGUGUAGCCAGUGCCACGGAGGAAUUUAUCCUUUUCUUCGCGGAGAAGAGUACGUGGCAGGUGACGUUCAAGUGCACCGGAACACCAGCUCAUGGAGCAGCAGUUGUGGAGAAUUCCGCUGGGGAUAAAGUCUUUGCCAUUAUGGAGAAGAUGAUGGCAUUCCGCCGCAGAGAACUCCAACGGAUGCAAGAACAUGCAUCACCCAUCACAAUGUGGUCCAGUGCAACCACAGUUAAUCUCACAAAGCUCUCAGGAGGUGUCCAGAUAAAUGUUGUACCCGCCAUGUUGUCCAUCUCCUACGACAUGCGCCUCAGCAUUGACAUGGAUCACGAUGCUUUCUUCGCGGAGCUUCAGCAGUGGUGCACUGAAGCUGGUGGUGGGAUUGAGAUGGAAUUCGAGAGGAAAGACCACAAAAGUCCAGCCACGAAGCUCAAUGAGGAGAAUCCCUUCUGGGUGGCCUUCAAAGAGGCCACGGAUGAGAUGGGGCUCCAAAUUCAGCCAAUUGUCUGCCCCGGAGCAACGGAUAGUUGCUUCCUGAGGGACGUUGGGGUGGCUGCCAUUGGAUUCUCACCCAUGAAUAACACCCCCGCACUUCCACAUUCCCACGAUGAAUUUAUAUAUGCCGAUGGGUACCUGCGAGGCAUUGAAAUCUACAAGAAAAUCCUCCCAAAAGUUGCAAAUUGCUGAUCAAAAAUUUCAUUGGAAUUGCAGCAAGAAAUAUUUGUUAAAAAAAAUAAAGAAAAUUCAUAAGAAAUAAGAAAAAUAAAUAAAAUGAUCUGUUCAAAAUUACACAAGUAAAUAAAUUAAAUUUACCAGAGGGGAAA